AAACAGCACUCAACCAAACAGAGCGAGCGCGUUUCUUGCGUAGGGCAGGGGUAGGAUCUCGCAAAAACAACAAAACACCAAUUUGCCCGAGCACAAAAGGAGGGGAGAGGUGUCACAACGCGAGGGGAUUAAACGUGAAGCUUUUAUUUUUAGACCCUGCCACUGUAGAGAUUCCGUUGAGCAGAGGGACAAGGUUAAACCUUUGUGAAUGGACGGCAACGACAAGUUCAUUGUACAGCCGGCCGUGUGUGCGAUCGGGUUCUUCACGGGUUGAACGCACCCCUCCGGUUUUCGCACUCAGUUUCUCGCGGAACACUGGCCAGAACGCGCGUCGGAGCAACCAGACCGAUCGGUUACAAGCUGUGCACGAGCGACCGGGUACGGGUUAAGAUUACAAUUAGCAGUGUGUGUGUGUGUAUGUGUUUUACAUUAGCGGGUGUUGUGUUGCGAUCAGCAGGGCGCAGGGUGAUAACAGCUUCUCGAUCUAACCGCUAACCCCGUGCAUCGACAAUAGAAAACGAUGCACUCGCCCUCCGUCUCCUCCGUCCGCUUCGUGGGUGUGCACUUUAAAGGGCUACUGGCACGGACAGCACUACCACCAUCAGCAGCAUCCCAUCAACAACGCGGAUACUGCACAGGCUCCAGCCCGGUUGCGCAAACAUCAUCUCGAUGGGCGACAAUGAUAGCAACGGCGACGGUACGGCGGUUGGGCAUAAAUGCUCCGGCCAUUGUUGUCGUACGGCUGCUGAGUGGCACCGCGAACAGCAGCAGUACACUAUCGUCCACCGGUGGAGGAGCAGGUCAGGGCAGUGAAAUAAGCAGCUGGAACAAACGGAAGCCACAGUGCCGAGAACAUCAUCAGCUUACCUGCGGGCAGGAACAGCAAGCACACUCACCGUUUUUCCACGUGCAACAUCACCAGCAGCGCAGCAUGAGCACUACCGGAGCAGCCAAGAAAGGGUUGGUGGCCGUUGAGGAAGCUCGCCGCUUCAUGGUGGACUGUCUGGUAAAGUCCAACACUCCGCCGGCCCACGCGAAACAGCAGGCCGAUCUGCUGGUGGAAGCGGACUACCGUGGCCACUUCAGCCACGGCAUGAACCGGCUCGAGAUGUACAUUAACGAUCUGCACAAGAACGCGUGCAACGGGGCGGCCGUACCGGCCGUGCUGAACGAAACGCCGGCCACGGCAUGGGUCGACGGGAACAACGGGCUCGGUGCGGUCGUCGGCAACUUCUGCAUGGAUUUGGCGAUCCGCAAGGCGAAGGAGGUCGGCGUUGGAUGGGUUUGUGCUAAGCGAUCGAAUCAUUACGGCAUUGCGGGAUGGUACACGCUGCGUGCGAUGAACGCUGGCUGCAUUGGCAUGUCGAUGACGAACACUUCACCGCUGGCCAGCCCAACCCGCAGCAAAGAGGCCGCCCUCGGGACGAACCCAAUUUCGGUGGGAGCGCCUGGGAAGGAUGGCGAUGGGUUCGUGCUCGACAUGGCCACCACGGCCGUCGCUGUCGGAAAGAUUGAAAUGCAGCGCCGUAAGAACGAACCCAUCCCGGUCGGCUGGGCCCAGGGUCCCGAUGGACAUCCGACGACGGACGCAAGCGUGGCGUUCGACACCGCUUGUCUCAUGCCGCUCGGCGGCACCGAACUAACGUCCGGCUACAAGGGUUACGGACUCGGCGCGAUGGUGGAAGUGUUUUGCGGCGUGCUGGCCGGUGCGAACUACGCCACGAAGAUCCGCAAGUGGACCCACGCCGGUGCCGAUUCGGAGGCGGAUCUGGGCCAGUGCUUCGUGGCGAUCAAUCCUGCCUGCUUUGCACCGGGCUUCAAAGGCCGGCUGUCCGAUCUGACCGGCAUUCUGCGCAACAUGCCAAUGACUGAUCCCAAUCAUCCCGUCCUGGUGGCAGGAGAUCCGGAACUGCACCACAUGGCAAUGGUGGACAAGGAAGGUGGUCUUGCGUACCACGUAAACCAAAUCAAGACCUGCACCGAGCUGUCGGAACGGCUGGGCGUGAAGCCGAUUGAAGUGAUUUAAAGUAAAAACGGCGCAACGCACAGCAGGUUUCAGAGUAACACAUAUCAAUGUUCUUAUGUGCUUUGUCCUUUUUGUUGCAUUAUUGACAUUUGUUGCAUUUUUUUCAAAGAUUCCAACCAAAGGAAACCUUUCAAUAAAGUAUUAACUUGAUAAGGACAAACUAAAA